CCGCGCCGGCCAGCGCCAUUGCCAAGUCGAUGUCCCGGCAUGGGACGGAGAGGUCCUUGCCGCGGUCGCGCGCGAUGCCGCUGAUGAUGAUGUGCAUCGUUUGCUUGUUUGUUGUGUACAUAUACGUGCUCAACUCGUCGAUUGCCGCGAUGAAGGACGGCAGCGACGUGUAUCGGACGAUUAGCCAAGACCAGUGGAUCUAUCAGGUCGAGCGGUACAAGGACUUUUCGUCCAUUCGUCGCGGCAUCAUCGUGUGUGUGUUCGACGCAAUGAUCCCGAUGGCUGCUUCGUUGGUGCUCGAGCUUCGCGCGCUCGGCAAUACCGAGUUGAUUCAAAUGUACCAUUGCAACGGUGAACUCUCGGCCGCAUCGUACCGCAUCCUGUACAUGAUUGACGCGCAUCUGGAAAUCGUCGACGUGUGCAAGGACUUUGUUGCGUCUGGUCGCCUUUCCACGUCCAAGGUAAGCGACUUCCGAAGCUUCUGGUUGAAGCCAUUGGCUCUCGUCCACACCCGACUGGUCGAGGUCAUCCUGCUCGAUGCCGACGACCUCCUCUUCCACGACCCGAGUCAGCUGUGGCAAGUCCCUGGCUACAAGAAAACCGGAACGAUAUUCUUCUUCGACAGGGAAGUCGCCAAGGCCGAGUACUUGAACAGCCGGUCGAUCCACCGCUUCCAGCGCAUGCAAAACCUCCAUGCGCUGAUUGAAACGUUCGAUUACGCUCGCUUUGGGCUGGUGAAGCAGCCGUCCGAGUACCUCCAAAGCACGCUCGCAUGGAAUGGCCACUCGGCGCACGAACAAGACUCGUCGAUUGUGGUUAUCAACAAAGCGAUCGCGCCGCUCGCGAUCGACGUUUUGUUGCACUUGGUCCUGGUCACGCGCUAUCAACUUGAGUUUUCGUACGGCGACAAGGAAUUGUUUUGGCUUGCGUUUGAAUUGGCCCACGUGCCGUACUCGUUUUCGCCGUGGGCCAACACCGCCGCCGCGAUGCCUGGCGACAUGGCCCAGCACCCCGACACGAUCUGCGGUACGAACGUCGCGCGUCUGUUGAUGCAAGUUGGAGCACCCUGUCGAUGUGUCGUUUUUCGUUGGUGUGCAUGGGCUUCAACAUAAGCCAUGACACACGAGCGCACUAUUUUUGGUGCGCCGUGAGUGUGUUCAAGAGAGAGAGAACGACGUGUUGGUUGUGGCCGUGUUUGACCGCCAUGUCGUCGUCAUCUCUGAUCGUAGGCGGCCUUGCGCAGUGGAUGCCACUGGCCGAUGCCAAGUCGGUGCUGCUCCACAUCAACGGCGGGUACAUUUUUAAUCCGUACAUAGACCACGACGUCCACUCGAUGCAAGAUGCCGCCGGGCGUACACACCAACUCCUCGCCGCGAUUCCGUCGCACGUAUCGCGCCAGCGCAAACGAUCCAAGCCGCUAACGACUCCCGAAGACAAGGCCAAUCCCGACGGAUACUGGCCCCAGGAAUGCCUGUACAAACGCGGAUCGGAAGCCAUGCGACCGCAAGAUGUAGCAUCGAUCCAGAGGAGGGUUCACAGUGCUGUUCGCAUUGCCUCGUUGCACCAGCGCGAACUCGCUCUGGACAAAAAAUCGGACACCGCUCGACGACAACGACGACUGGGCAACGCAGACAAUGGCGCUCAGGAGGGUGUGUCCCCGCACCCAUCAGCGCUCGUUUCCCGUAAACGUCAAACGUCGUUGUCCUAGAUACAACGUUCGGGUCGUGCACGUGGUCCGCAAACUGCAAUUCCCCACGUGCAGCGUCAUGAUCGGCGCAUGUACGUGAUGCGCCGGCAUCGAAAACACUGGGCCCGCCGUCGAGGUGCGCCAUCGCAGACACAAGACUCAUCCUGCCUGCACAGACAUGACCCUAUGGGCAGGAUGGAACAAUUCGCAUUUGUCGAGGCAUCCACCAUGCAAGAUUCAUCUGGAAAGAGUCGUAGCGCAUGAAGGCACGCAGUCGUGUGUCCACGGGUAUGGACACCACUUCCUUGAUCGGGCCGCCUUCGUCGCCUUCGAUGAGCUCUGCACAGCGUCCAGCGACGACCCAACAAACGAGCCAGUCGACGCACUCCCACACGAUCGAUGUCGCGAGAAGCGUUUGGCUGGCAGACGGAAAACUCGUACAGGCCGGAGUUUGUGGGAAUGGACUUUGUGUCUAUGCAUGUUGUGGGCAAAGCGAUGUUGAGAACGAUGAUGAAAAUGGACUCUCGGUCCUUCAACGCGACGAAAGGUUGAUUUUGGCAAUAAUACUUUGGCUCAACAAACGCACGCUGGGACGGCAACGAAGUG